GAAGAAGCCGACGAAGAAGAGGAAGACUCACAGCAAACAGGCUGCGCCUGUUCUUCCUGUUGAUAUUGUCAUAUGUAAAAGUUGACUUGUGUCAGCUGGAGGUGCCACUAGCAGGAAUGUAAACACCGAGUCCUUUGUGCUUGUACGCAGAGAAAUGGACGAGACAAGUCCUUUGUUGGGCAACCGGAUCUCUCGUCAGACGUCAGAGGGCCCAGAUCUUCUUUCUCCAAACCUGAGGCCCAGACACCAGGAACUGAUCCCAACACCAUGUGGACCGAUGAAGCCCUGGUCGGAGCUGUCAUGUCUGCUCAAGCUCUACUUCUGCUUCACCAUAGCGUCUCUGAUGGCGCUGCUCAGCCUCACCAUUUACAGCAUCUACAAGCAGCACAUGGACACGGAUGUGUACGACGAGGACAACUUUACUGUGUCUCUCAUCCUGUUGGUUGGAAUAGUGUUCUGCAUCUACUACAUCAGCCGAGGCGUGCUGCAGGAGAACAGACAGGAGCUGGUGGCGUUUGUGCUCAGUGUGGUCGGGGUGGUGGUUCGAUCUUUGGUCAACUUCUCUGUGCUGGAGUCAAAGAGCAAGAAGGAGCUGCUGGCUCGUUUUGUGUGCAUCAUGACUCUGGGUGUGAUCCACAUCCUGUGCACCACACUGCUCAUCAUGAGGCCCAACAUGAUGGCGUUCCGUGUGGGCGGGGCCUUGGAGAGUCUCCAGGAGCAGUACUUUCUGCUUAACUUGUGUUUCUCCAUGGUGACCUUUGACCUACAGGCUCAGUUGUGUCUGUGUAUCCUGAUCACGACGUCGGACAGAGCCAUGUCUGCUGCCAACAGCAUCAUCCUGGCUGUCGGGCUGGUGUGGGCCUGUCUGACCUCUGCUGUCGGGGCUAUUGCUGUUUUAAAGGAAAAAAAGAUCUUUGUUUGGGUCUACAUGGUACUGAACCUUCCUGAAGUGGCCUUCUUUGUUUAUGUGAUGUACUGGGUGGUAAUGAAAUGGCACAAGGACGGCACGUACACCCUGGAGGCAGCAGCUGUCACCGGAGCUUUGAUUUCACUGGUGAUUAAAGUGGUUUUAUUCUGGGGCCUCAUCAAGCUGGUGCACAGCUUCGGCCAAGGCCUGAGGGAGAGGAUGUUAGCACCCAGAAAGUGAUAAAACCUAAUGGUGGUCGUGGACCAAGGACACAGCUGCACGCAGAGGGCCGAACAUAAGGAAGCUUCAGCCUGACUGUGGAGCACUUUUUAUUCAACACCACCACCAGAAUGAUCCUGGUGUGCUGUUUACUGUAUAGAUUUCAUGUUACUCCUCCUUUGUCAAUGUGCCUAACAACAGGAUGUAAAGCACCAUGAAUCAGCUGCAUUCAGAUAUUUUUAUAUGAAACCAUUUUAAAUGCCUUUGUAGACUGUAUUCAUGUUUUUUAACUUUUAGUUUACAUCUUUAUCCAGUUUGUAUGAGUAGACACCAAAGAUUAUAAGUGGCCAACCUCCUCCUCUUCUUUUUAAACUUACAUUUCUAUACAUUACAUUGACUGUUGACCAACUUUGUUUUGCUUUUUUUUUUAAUCAAAAUUGUCUAACUUAAAAACUUGUGAUCUGCAAAACUGUUUCUUCUGAUAACACUUGAAUAUCACUUGUGGCACCUUAAUGCACUUCUUGGUUCUUAAUAAAAUAUCAAAGCAAAAUA